AUGGUCAGAUUAACCGAAGUGGAUCUGGUUCGAUGUGUACUGAUCGGUGACGAUGAAUCCGGCAAAGAAUUGAUGAUGAAGAAAUACGCUGCCUACUCGGGAGUUCCUUACAACGCUGAGCGCGGCGAGGUCAUUACCGCAUUCAAUGGUCGAAAAUGCAUCUUCGUUGAUUCGUCGACUGCAGAACAGACCAAUGAAGAGGCACAUGUGUUCCUUCUGUGCGUAUCGGUGGCCAGCCAAGCAAGCGUCGAGGAGACGGUUAGAAUGAUUCUCGACGCAGUCGUUGAACGUAUCCGAGGUGUACCGUUUGUUCUUGUUGGGACCCAAAUCGACAAAAGGCUAUCGAUGCUGAUUAGUAACUACGGUAGCGGAGAGAUUAAAUAUAUGCCGAUGCCACUGAAUCAGGCCGAGUCCUUUGCGAAACGAAUCGGUGCUGGAGCGUACUUCGAGUGCUCAGAAGUAACAGGGGAAGGUCUCGAUGAAGUUUUCGAAGGUGCAUUCGAAGUUGGUCACCGUGAAGAAUCAAUCUGCUUAAGUGACGGAAACUGUGUUCGGCUCUCCGAUCACAUAGAUGACAAUGAUGGAUUUGUGCGAUUACUACGAAACGAUGUUUUUGUGAUCUUAGCUGUACACUUGACAAUUCCAGAAAAGGAAAUGUUCACUAGUGGAGCUGUAGAAAUAAGGAAGGAUGUCGAAGCAAAUGUGCUUGUCGUUGGGAUGGGUUUUAUAAAUUCGUACCUCCACCAUAACUACCCAAAGAUGCAAAUCACAACUGUGGAUCAUGAUCCUAAAAUGCUAGAAAUUGCAAGAAAAUGGUUCGAACUGAGACUAGACAGUCGACACACGGCCAUUACGAUGGAUGGCAUUGAUUUCUUCAAAAAAGCGGUAUUAAAAGGACUUCAUUACAAUGCGAUUCAUAUUGAUGCCUGUACUUUAAAAGACAAUGUGACAACAAAUUGCCCUGUGGAUGUAUUCUACGAAAAGGGAACUUUAGAUCUUCUAUCAAGAUUGAUCACCAGCAAAGGUGUUGUUAUCGUAAAUGUGCUUAAUAUAAAUGGACAACCUUACAGAGCUGCAAAAAAGGUAUGUUUGGGAGUAAUACCGAUUCACUAG